AUGGGAUUUGAAACAAAAGCUAAAGAUAUGAAAGUUACAAAUGUUUGUGAGGGCAUCCUGAAUUGCUCACUAUUGACUGCCUUUUCAUCAAGAGCUCUUGCUGAUGCUGCGUCAUAUUUUGAGAAAUCGCCGUUAGAAAUUGCUGAAGCAUUUCUUAUUGCGAAAAUCAGAGUACUGCCAUCAAAUGUACUUGAAAUCAAUGCAUACAGAUUUGAGUCACCAGAGCAUAAUUCUCGACCACCAUUGGAGACGUCAGAAACUAUAAUUCCAUUUUUCCUUAAUCGUAUGGUUCAGGGUAGUAUUUUAUCAGUCGAUACUUUUGCCAGACAAAUAAAUCGCAUUUGGAAUGGUAUUUCUUAUCAAACGUCAUCUUCGUUUUCUUUCUCGGAUUUCCUUUUCCUCUGGGUUAUUGCUGAUUUUAAGGCAAUAGAAAACGAUAAACUCGAAAUAUCUUCAAUUCGCACAUGUGCUAUUUCACCAAAUGUAUUAUUCUCCCUACUGAAGAUCAAAAGCUACCCAUUUGAUGGUGAUUGCUUCCGUCACUGUCUUCAAACUGAGUUUGUAAAUGCGCGAUUUCAAAAUCUGAAUCUAAUUAAAUCUGAUGGGACGCAAGAAAAGUUCCGUUUUGGAUAUUUUGUUUUGGAUCCAUCUGGAUGCCUCGUUCCUUUUCUGGAUGGCGACGAGGGUAUAAGAUCAUCUUUACCCGCUGGAGUAUGGUGCACAGAAGGGACAGAAAAUGGCCAAAAAUCAGUAGCUAAUCUUCACGUCUGGUUAUCAAUUCUACGAUAUGCAUUCGCUCCUAAGGGAAGACGGGCAUUUUCAAUUUCUCCUGUCUUGGCAAUUCAUAAUUCUUCAUCAAAUAGUAUUUUAUUUUAUUCUGUUCGUGGAGAUGUUGAUACUAAUAAGACACCACGUUCUUUGUACCUCGAUUUCUCAAGUGGGAAUUCCACAUCCCCGUGGUAUGGCUUUGCAGAUAGACUUUAUUUCCACUAUUUUUCUGGUAAUGAAAACCUCAAAGCAAAGGCCUCUCGUGCGACUUCUCAAAUUGUGGUUGUUCGUCUCUCCCCUCUUAGUUCUCUCCGUCACUCUGAUCAAGCUUCUCUUGCCGACUAUAAUAAGAUAUUCGAGGCUGUUAGUAGAUUAGCUUCUAAUCUUGGUUGUCGAAUUUCUAAGGGACUGACUUCUACAGUGACUUCAAACUCUUCCUCGAAUAAAGUCUCGCAAACUGGCAGCCAUACUGCUCUCUAUCGGGACAAGCAGGACAACAAGAAAGGAAACCGAUCAGUGAAGUUUAAGCUUCCAACAACAAAGGGCACUUUAUCGGCACCUGAAAAUCUUCCAACUCGUUUUGAAGUCCCAGAAGCUUCUAUGCUGUUGGAAGAAAGUCAUCCUGAACGUAACCAAACCAACAACUCAAAUAAUGAAAUUGCACGCCUGGAAGCCCUUGUGGAAAAACUUAUUUCAACUCAAAUGCUUCAUCAAACUCCCACAAAACAAGUCCAAGAAGAGAAAACGGAAAGGAGGACUUCUUCUGUGGGUACUAGUACUCCCAUUGACCUAGAUGUCUGCAGUGUCGCAGUAAAUACGAGUUCAAUUUGGCCCACUCCUGCUGAUAUCGGACUUUGUAAAACAGAUGACACUACAAUCGGUAAUACUGGAUACAGUCGUCUUUUAGCUGGAAUUCAGCAGGUCCUGCAACAGGCGACUCCUCAUUUGCGAAAAACGGUUUCCGUUCCAGGAGAAUUAUCGCUAUUAGCUCAAAAACCUCCUAGAUGCACAUCUGCCGCUGAUAAUGCUGGUAGAAUGUGGCGAUUGUCAACAAACGACAUCGAUGCAGAUAUUGAAGCUGAUGUUAUAAGACAUCGGCAGGACUGUGAGAAGGAAGUUGCAGAAAAGCUUGAUUUAACAAUAACAUUUCCUCCGACUGAGUUAGUCGAGUGUGAAUCAGCUGAAAAUCAUGUAUCUCAGAUUGGUUGUUCUGGGGUGAGUAUUCCAGCAACAACUGCAAUGAAUAGUUUUACAUUUGCUACUGAUUUUGAUCCUUCGGUUGAUCUCUCGCAUUCUCGACUUCGGAAGGGCAGUUCGAAAUCUACAGAUGAAAGUACAGUUCUGAUGGGUCUAGCUCGAAAGUAUCUCUCUCCCUCUGUAAUAGCACAGCUAGCACCAUCAAAUUCUGUCACUCAGGAUGUGUCAGACUUCAGUUUAGCCACAAGACAAUAUCUGAAAGAAAAUGGACUAACCUCAUCUACCAAUAGUGGCAGCGUGUUUGGGAAUAUUCUACUAGAUGCCGAAAGAUGGUAUGGAGAUAAUAUGUGUUCCUCUUCAUCCUCCUCCUGCUUAAUGGAAACUUCAAUUAGUCCCCGUUUGACGGCUCUGCAAGGAAAUAAACAUUGCGAGAGUUUUUUGCAUUCCCCAAAGGUGUUUUCGGAGGAUGUUGUUGAGAAACAAAAUGAAGCGAAUGAGGAGGGGAAUUACGAUGCCCCAGUGUUGAAUCUGGAACAGCUGAGAAAACUACCAAAACUUCUUUAA